AUGAUGCUUCUCAAGGAGGGGACCAGCCGAGCCAAGGAGGAGAGGAGAAUGACGAGGAGGAGACAGCUGAGGAUCACCAAGGCCUGCUGGGCCAGGCUCCGAGACAGCGCAAAGGAAGACGAUCUCCUGCUGCUGCUCCGCCUGCUCCUCCUGCCCCAGCUCACCAUCCUCUCCCUUCCCCAGCAUCUAGCUUUCCACCUGUGGGCUUUCUCAGCUGUUGGAGGGGCGGGCCAUGUCCGCAAGCUAGUCAAGAUCUGUCAACUUUCAGCGGUGCUGACUUUGCGGGGUUCGGGGAACUCUCGCCAUCCCCUGCUGGGCGCGGGCUGCCAGAGCGAUCAGCUGGGGCCUGAGCUGACGAGCCUGCACGAGCAGGUGAAACAGUCGCUCCAGAAGCUGGCGGUCAGGGUGACCACCCCACCCUCCCUGCCAGCAGGCAGCGAUCUGACGAGCAAGGUGCAAUGCAGCUGGGGAAGUGCCGGGGGCCUGCGAGGCGACGCACUGGAGGCCUACAGUAACGUGGAGGAGAAGGUGCAGACGUCGCUGCGAGAGCAGCUGAUGGCCAUCGACCUGAUCCUCAACGACGUGCAGCGACGGUUCAAGUUUGACAACGUCAGGUCAAACAUCGAGCUGUUCCCCAGCAUUGAGGACAGCGGGUCAGCUCGAAGAGAGGGGGGACCUGACAGUGGGGGAGGAGACGAGCUGGGCAUGGCGAUGAGCUGGAGGAGAGCUGGCGGUGCUGGCAGGAACGACCGGCAGCGGGGCAUCAUGGCGGAGGCUGUGAAGCAGCUGGAGGUUGACUUGUCCUCGGUGCGAGCAGCUUCCCAGCAGCUGAUGAAGAGAUGCGACGACAAGUUGUCUCGGCUGGAGGCGAGGGAGCAGGAGCAGGAGCAGGAGCAGGAGCAGGAGCAGGAGCAGGAGCAGGAGCAGGAGCAGGAGCAGGAGCAGGAGCAGGAGGAGUUGCUGACCUGA